AUGAAUUCGCCAAAUAAAAAUAGAAACAUUACAAAAACGCAAUUAACUGAGAAGCUAAAAGCUGAUAUUGAUAUUUUGACCAACGAUCUGAAAAAAACGUUGACCAAUCUUGAAAAUUUACAAUCUUUUUUUUAUUUCAAAAUUUAUUCCAUAAAAUUUUUAUUAUUGCUAAGAAUGCUUUCUAUUGGCCCUAAGAAGAAAUCAUAA